CGUCGGGAACCGGCGCGGCAGAGCUGGAGCCCGGGAGGAGCCGGCGGAGCUGGAGGAGGAUCCGGGAGGAGGAGCAGCGCCGCGCCCCCGCCUCGGCUGCCCGCCCGAGCUCGGGCCGACAGCUCCAGCCGCAGCCGGCGGGUCCCGGCCGCUCGCCGCCGUCGCCCAGCCCCGGCUGAGUCGGGGCCGAUGGGCAGUCCCAGGCAGCGGCGGGCCGCAAGGCGGCGGCUCCCGGACGCGUCGCCGCGCGCUCUCGGACUGUAGAAGGUCCCGGCGGAACGCGUCUAGGAGGUUUUUGCUCUUGGUUGUGCAAGCUGGUGCCUGCUGUUUCCCUGCUGAGGUGAAGGAAAUAUAGCUGGUCAGAUGUCUUAAAGAAUGUUUUUGAAGAGGACAGACAUAUACAGGAUCAUUGCAACACCAGACGAGAAAAUUAAUUUUGGAGUAAUCUUAUUCCGGGGAUGUAAGCAACAUCUUUGGUUUUGGCUUAAAAGAGAAAAUCUACCUACGGAAGAAGGAACUAUCUGCCUUUAAUGUCACAUUGUAAAGAGCAAUGUAAUUAGAUUGACAUCCAUCUUUCUGGUGAGACUUGGAACUUUUUUGCCUUGGUAGACAUGAGCGACCCAAGGCAGUCACAAGAAGAGAAGCACAAACUUGGCAGAACCUCUUCAAAAUUCAAAGAACCUUCCAGAAUCAUGCAGUCUGAUGAUUAUUUUGCUCGGAAAUUUAAAGGCAUGAAUGGCAACAUGGCACCUGCCACUUCUUUAAAUCCCUCCAAUUCCAGUGAGAGUGGUGGUCCAGCUAAUGGGACCCCAGCUAUGCCCAAGAUGGGUGUGAGGGCCAGGGUGUCAGAAUGGCCUCCCAAGAAGGACUGUUCCAAGGAGCUUGCCUGCAAAACAUUGUGGGAAAGCCAGUCUCAGGCCAGUUACGAGAGUGUCGCCUCCAUAUUGCACAACGGGCAGAAUGACCAGAGCGAUGGUCAGCAAGAGGAACAGCUCGAUCUAGACUUUGUGGAAGCUAAGUACACAAUUGGAGAUAUCUUUGUUCACUCUCCUCAAAGGGGACUUCACCCCAUCAGACAGAGAAGCAAUAGUGAUGUUACAAUCAGUGACAUUGAUGCUGAAGAUGUCUUAGAUCAAAAUGCAGUGAACCCCAAUACUGGGGCCGCCCUCCAUAGGGAAUACGGGAGCACAUCAUCCAUUGACCGGCAAGGGUUAUCUGGUGAAAACAUUUUUGCUAUGCUUAGAGGGUACCGGGCAGAAAGUUAUGACCACAAAACUAUGGCUCUUUUUGGGUUCCCCGAAUUUUUCCCCUGCGAUCCUGCAAUCUCUCCCAGCCUUCAUGCAGCUGCUCAGAUUUCUAGAGGGGAAUUUGUGCGCAUCUCAGGAUUAGACUACAUGGACAGUGCCCUCCUAAUGGGAAGAGACAGGGACAAGCCUUUCAAACGGAGGUUAAAGUCAGAGUCGGUGGAAACAUCCCUCUUUCGAAAGUUGAGAACUGUUAAAAGUGAACAUGAGACGUUCAAGUUUACAUCAGAUCUGGAGGAAAGUCAUCUGGAGAGGGGCAUUCGCCCUUGGAAUUGUCAAAGAUGUUUUGCACAUUAUGAUGUCCAGAGCAUUUUGUUUAAUAUCAAUGAAGCCAUGGCUACGAGGGCCAAUGUGGGGAAAAGGAAAAACAUAACCACAGGUGCUUCAGCGGCAUCCCAGACUCAGAUGCCAGCAGGCCAGAUGGGCAAUUGUGAGUCCCCUUUGGGGAGCAAGGAAGAUCUCAACUCCAAAGAGAACCUGGAUGCUGAUGAGGGUGAUGGAAAAAGUAAUGACCUUGUCCUCAGUUGCCCUUACUUUAGAAAUGAGACAGGGGGGGAAGGUGACAGGAGGAUUGCACUCUCCAGGGCCAACUCAUCAUCCUUCAGUUCUGGGGAAAGUUGCUCCUUUGAAUCAUCGCUUAGCUCUCACUGCACAAAUGCAGGCGUCUCAGUCCUGGAAGUACCCAGAGAAAACCAACCAAUUCACAGAGAGAAAGUGAAGAGGUACAUCAUAGAACACAUUGACCUUGGGGCCUACUACUACCGCAAGUUCUUUUAUGGGAAAGAGCACCAGAACUACUUUGGAAUAGAUGAGAACCUUGGCCCUGUGGCAAUUAGCAUCCGGCGAGAGAAGGUAGAAGAUGCUAAGGAAAAGGAAGGGUCCCAGUUCAACUACCGAGUGGCUUUCAGAACAAGCGAGCUUACAACCCUUAGAGGAGCAAUUCUGGAAGAUGCUAUCCCCUCUACGGCUAGGCAUGGUACUACACGAGGACUACCUCUCAAAGAAGUUUUGGAAUACGUCAUUCCAGAACUGAGCAUUCAGUGCCUAAGACAGGCUUUGAACUCACCCAAGGUUUCGGAACAACUACUCAAGCUUGAUGAACAGGGGCUGAGCUUUCAGCACAAAAUUGGGAUCCUUUAUUGCAAAGCAGGCCAGAGCACAGAGGAGGAGAUGUACAACAAUGAGACUGCGGGACCAGCUUUUGAAGAAUUCCUUGAUCUUCUGGGCCAGAGAGUACGACUGAAAGGAUUCAGUAAAUAUAGAGCGCAGCUCGACAACAAAACUGAUUCUACGGGAACUCAUUCCCUCUACACUACAUAUAAGGAUUAUGAGCUCAUGUUCCAUGUAUCUACCAUGCUUCCCCACAUGCCUAACAACAGACAGCAGCUUUUGAGGAAAAGGCAUAUAGGAAAUGAUAUCGUGACCAUUGUCUUUCAAGAGCCUGGAGCACUUCCUUUUACUCCAAAGAACAUCCGGUCCCAUUUUCAGCAUGUCUUUGUCAUAGUCAAAGUACACAAUCCAUGUACUGAAAAUGUGUGUUAUAGUGUUGGAGUCUCUAGAUCAAAAGAUGUACCGCCGUUUGGUCCACCGAUUCCCAAAGGUGUAACUUUUCCAAAGUCUGCUGUAUUUCGGGACUUCCUGUUAGCCAAAGUUAUCAACGCAGAAAAUGCAGCCCAUAAAUCAGAAAAGUUUCGAGCAAUGGCCACGAGAACAAGGCAAGAAUACUUGAAAGACCUGGCAGAGAACUUUGUUACGACCGCCACUGUGGACACCUCCGUGAAAUUCAGCUUCAUUACACUGGGUGCAAAGAAGAAGGAGAAAGUUAAACCAAGGAAGGAUGCCCACUUGUUUAGUGUUGGAGCAAUCAUGUGGCAUGUCAUUGCACGGGACUUUGGCCAAUCUGCUGACAUUGAAUGUCUGCUUGGAAUUUCCAAUGAGUUUAUAAUGUUGAUUGAAAAAGAUUCCAAGAAUGUGGUAUUUAACUGUUCCUGCAGGGAUGUCAUUGGAUGGACAUCUGGAUUAAUAAGCAUCAAGGUGUUUUAUGAAAGAGGAGAAUGUAUCCUUCUGUCCUCAGUUGAUAGUUGUGCCGAAGAUGUAAGAGAGAUUGUUCAGAGAUUAGGAAUAGUGACAAGAGGCUGCGAGACAGUGGAAAUGACCCUGAGAAGGAAUGGUCUGGGCCAACUCGGCUUUCAUGUGAAUUUUGAGGGAAUUGUAGCAGAUGUGGAGCCAUUUGGCUUUGCUUGGAAGGCUGGUCUUCGCCAAGGGAGCCGUCUUGUGGAGAUCUGCAAAGUGGCUGUAGCCACUCUAACCCAUGAGCAAAUGAUCGACCUGCUCCGGACUUCCAUGACCGUGAAAGUGGUCAUCAUCCAGCCCCAUGACGAUGGCUCACCCCGCAGAGGGUGUUCAGAGCUCUGCCGGAUCCCCAUGGUGGAAUAUAAACUUGACAGCGAAGGCACCCCCUGUGAGUACAAAACCCCUUUCCGCAGGAAUACCACGUGGCACCGGGUGCCCACGCCAGCCCUGCAGCCCCUGUCCAGGGCCUCCCCUGUGCCUGGCACUCCUGACCGCCUGCAGUGCCAGCAGCUGCUCCAGCAGGCACAGGCCGCCAUUCCUCGAAGCACCUCCUUUGACCGGAAGCUGCCCGAUGGCACAAGAAGUUCACCCAGCAACCAGUCAUCCUCCAGUGACCCUGGACCUGGGAGUGGACCCUGGAGACCGCAAGUUGGAUAUGAUGGGUGCCAGUCACCUCUGCUGCUCGAGCAUCAAGGCUCAGGCCCUUUGGAAUGUGAAGGGGCCAGAGAGCGGGAAGACUCUAUGGAGGGAAGCAGGCACUCAGAAACUAAGUGGCAUGGCCCACCUUCUAAAGUCCUGAGUUCCUACAAAGAAAGAGCCCUGCAAAAAGAUGGAAGUUGCAAAGAUUCCCCCAAUAAGCUUUCACAUAUUGGAGACAAAAGUUGUUCCAGUCACUCCAGCAGCAACACCCUUUCCAGCAACACCUCCAGUAACAGCGAUGACAAGCACUUUGGGUCUGGAGACCUGAUGGAUCCUGAACUGCUAGGACUGACCUAUAUCAAGGGAGCCUCCACCGACAGUGGCAUUGACACGACCCCCUGCAUGUCCACCACAGUCCUGGGUCCAAUGCAUCUGACUGGGAGCCGGUCCAUGAUCCACAGCCGGGCUGAGCAGUGGGCUGACUCUGCUGACAUCUCGGGUCCUGAUGAUGAGCAGGCCAAAAUGUACACAGUGCAUAGCUACACACCCACACUCUCGGCCAGCAACACUGCCGACAGCAGCAUGGGUGACCUCAGUGAAAUCUCUUCUCACUCCAGUGGUUCACACCAUUCAGGAAGCCCUUCAGUUCACUGCUCCAAAAACAAUGGGUCUCUAGACACAUCCACAGUCUACAUCGUGUCACACAGCAGUGGACCACAGGUGCCUGGAUCCACAUCCAAGUCCUACCACAGACAAGGGUCAGUGAACAAGUAUGUUAUCGGCUGGAAGAAAUCGGAGGGAAGCCCACCACCCGAGGAGCCUGAAGUCACCGAAUGUCAGGGGCUCUAUAGUGAAAUGGAUCUCAUGCCCAUGGCAGCACAGCAUCAGACUGUCGUGGGAGACACUGUCUCAGAAACUCAGCAUGUUCUGUCAAAAGAAGAUUUUCUGAAACUGAUGCUUCCUGACAGCCCCUUAGCUGAAGAGGGGAAAAGAAAGUUUUCCUUCUAUGGAAACCUGUCUCCAAGAAGGUCUCUGUAUCGCACCUUCUCUGACGAGAGCAUAUGCAGCAAUCGGAGAGGAUCAUCUUUUGGCAGCUCCCGAAGUUCGAUGCUUGACCAAGCCCUGCCCAACGACAUUCUGUUCAGCACCACCCCGCCCUACCACAGCACACUGCCGCCCCGCACCCACCCUGCCCCCAGCAUGGGGAGCCUGAGAAAUGAGUUCUGGUUCUCCGAUGGGUCCUUAUCGGAUAAGUCCAAGUGCGCAGAGCCUGGCCUGAUGCCCCUCCCGGACACGGCCACGGGUUUAGAUUGGUCCCACCUCGUAGAUGCUGCUCGGGCAUUUGAAGGUCUUGACUCAGAUGAAGAACUUGGGCUGCUCUGUCACCACCCGUCCUAUCUAGACCAGAGAGUGGCUUCCUUCUGUACCCUGACAGAUAUGCAACAUGGCCGAGACUUGGAAGGGGCCCAGGAACUGCCUUUAUGUGUAGAUCCAGGCAGUGGCAAAGAUUUCAUGGACACAACUGGAGAGCGGUCUCCAUCAACAUUGACUGGUAAAGUUAAUCAGCUGGAAUUAAUCCUUCGACAACUUCAAACUGACCUUCGGAAGGAAAAGCAGGACAAGGCAGUGCUCCAAGCCGAAGUGCAGCAUCUGAGACAAGACAACAUGCGGCUGCAGGAGGAGUCGCAGACAGCCACAGCACAGUUGCGAAAGUUCACGGAGUGGUUCUUCAGCACUAUUGACAAAAAGUCGUAACCAGCCUGGAUCAUCAUGGGACCCUGGGGCAAUGCCUUGAAGCCCUUCAAAAUCACAAACCUGUGGAAUUUAGCUGUGCUUGCAGCCAAUCGUAGAUGCCAUUGCUGUUCUGCUCUGUGUAGCAUCAUUCACCCCAGCUGGAGAGGGAGCCGUUGUUGAUAGCCCCCCGUGUGAUAGCAGAGAGAGGACCAUGGGAAGAUGAAUGUAACUCCCCUUGUCGAGAUGAAUGUAAACCCUGGAAUCAGCUUGGACCUUUUUCUUUGGACUCUGCUACAAUGAUGCUCUGGCAUGGGCUUACCUCAAGAGGGAAGAGAGUUGGGUUUUAUUUCCUCUGUAUCAGGUGACCUGAUAGGGAUGUUAAAGCAAUUACCAUAGUUGGGGCUUUAGUAUUGUAAAAUACACAUGCAAACAAAUAAUCAGACAUAUACUUUAAUGUUAAAGGUGCUCUAUUUUUUUGGAUGUACAGUAGUUUUAUUUCCACAACCACAUUAUCAUAGCAAUAAGAAAGAGGCUUAGUUAAUAGCUCAAAGCCUCGUAGAGGAAACAGAAGCACUGAUGUGUCUAACACUAGUUCGAAUGCUGUUAUUUUUGACUUAUUUAUUUGCAGGAGCGAAGGUGCCUGAAUAUUUCCCGUGUUUAAGGAUUAAAAAAGAGAGAUGCAUAUGCCUUGUAAAUGGCUCACUAAGUAGUCACUUCAAUUCUUAGUUGAUUUUUGUAUAGUUUAUGCUAUUCUGAAAACAAAGAGUCAAUCUGCUUCCAACUAGACCUCUCCUGUAAGCUGUGAGCCAGCGGAAUCCCAUGUAAAAUGCCAAAUUUCUUUAUCUUUGUACAGAAGCUUUGAUGAAGUGUCUUGUAUUUAACACCCUUAUUUAAGCUUAUUUAACCUUAAAUUGUUAAUUUUAUAAACUGUGGUCUUACCUGCACUGAGAGGAGGGGGGUGUAGGUAGCAGCAAGCUCAGAAAAGACAGAGCUUGCCCCAAACAGACUGAUGAGCAGGGCAGGAAAUUCUAACAUCUGGAUGCUGCUAGUAACAAGUUGUUUGUAUUGCUUUACCAUUUUUAACUGUUCUAUUUGAGAUGAACCUACAUUUUGCUUUUUUAAUAAAUGUUUAAAAGAGUCCACAUAA